AGGCAUUGAUUUUGAUCGCUUCGAAGAGACGGAGAGGAAAGUCUUUCUAUAGGAGUUUUCUUUUCUUUCUUAUUUGAAAAAUUGCAGUAUAUCAGUACUAUUUUGAAGAAUUCAGGAGGUGGGCUUGUUGUAGUCUGAGGACUCUUUUAUGAGAUUUCUCUUACUAUUACAUGGAAGAAUCCAAUAGUGAGAACUUGAUGGCUCCCAAAAACAAGUCCAACAUUUCGUUUGAUAAAAAAAGUUCAAUCUACCGCGGAGUUACUAGGCAGAAAUGGACAGGGAGAUAUGAAGCUCAUCUGUGGGACAACAGCUGCCCAAUAGAGGGUCAUACUCGUAAGGGUAAACAAGUCUAUCUCGGCGGAUUUGAUCAGGAGGAAAAAGCAGCCAGAGCUUACGAUCUGGCAGCUCUGAAGUAUUGGGGGCCAUCAAUUUUGACAAACUUUCCGAUAGAAAAUUAUGAGACAGAGUUGAAAGAGAUGAAGAACAUGUCAAAGCAAGGAUAUAUUCAAUCUAUUAGGAGGAGUAGCAAUGGCUUUUCUAGGGGGAGAUCAGCCUACCGCGGAGUGACACGACAUCAUAACAAGGGAAGGUGGCAGGCUAGGAUUGGGAAGCAUGAUGGGAACAAAGAUUUGUAUCUUGGAACAUUCACCAGUCAGGAAGAGGCAGCCGAGGCUUAUGACAUUGCUGCCAUCAAAUUCAAAGGAGAAAACGCUGUUACAAACUUUGACACAAGCAGAUAUGAUGUAAAAGCCAUAAUGAACAGCACGCUACCUGUAGAAAGGAAAGAAAAGGGAGCUAGAAUCGAAGUAGAAGAUAAGGAAAGUAAUGGGGACAAAUAUGAUUUUCCAUCCAAUAUGUUUGGCUUAAGGCCUACAACCAUUACUGUGGAAAGCAAUGGGAAAAUAUCUUCUCGCACAGACUGUAUUGCACCCACAGCUAUUAAUUGGAGAACUAUGGCAACUACCCAUGGACUGGUGAUGGGAGGUUCCUCUCUUCCAUCACACAGUUCACUAGAAGCUUUUGGAAACAUGCUGUCUUUGGGUACCUUCACAUUCUGCUCUCCUGGGCAGUCCUCAGGACUUGUGAGAGGUGUUCACGAGAACACAAUGCCUGAUAGCAACUGGAUAACAUCCUCCCUUCAGGAUUCAGAAAGUGCGCCUAGUGCAGGAGCAGCAUGUCAACCUCCUAUUAUGUUCAAUAUCUGGGGUGAUACAAGAAUGUCAAAAUCAUAGUAUUUUGAAAUUUUACAGUAUAUCUAACCUUUCAAGAUUUCUCGACAUUUUGUAUUUUUCAGAGUGUGCUGUCUUAAACUUGUCUUCUGAACACUUUAAAACUUAUUUUACAUUUUGAAGACCUCGAUCUGAUCCGUUCAAAUAUAUCUAAUGUCGGAGGAGCUUUCUCUCCUCAUUAUGUUGCAGGUUGAACUUUCAAGAAAAGCAAAGUUUUUGGACCCAUUUUGUUGUGACUUCCCUCCCCCGUCUAGUGAGGCCUGUUCCUUAGGAAUAUUUAGUGUGAGAGAAGCUUUCUCUUCAUUUUAUGCAAUAUGUUGAACACUCUUGUAAUGCAAAGUUUAGAACUAUAUUGUUGUCACCUCUUUUCACUGUGUGCUUUGUAUAAAGGGUGAA